UUGUUAUCUGUUCUGUCUGUUUAUUGGUUAUCUUUGUCAGGUGUUCUCCCAUGUCCAUGUAUUUAAACCCUCAUGUUUUCCAUUGUCCUUUGUUAGGUAUUAUAUGUUUGGUAUGCUGUUCAUGUCAAGUUUAUGUCAAGUUCAUGUUUAUGUUUGCUUCAUGUUUGUAGUUAGGGUUCUCACGUUUAUUAAUAUAUUUGCACUUGGGUUCUUUACACCAUCAUCUUCUCUUCGUUUACAUCAUUGCCAGCACCAGCAGCAACGUUACAGUUUUAAUUGAGUGUCUGAUCCCGAGCUUUACUCUAUGUUCAUUUUGAAAGUGUUUUGUUUCACCCACAGAUGAUCAGAAACUCCACCCUCAUGAAACACUUACCAGGAAGUGACUGUCUUAUUAUUUCUCACUUUACUCUCAUACUGAUUAUUUUCUUUAUUUUUGGACUCAGUGAUCAGUGAAGAACGAAGGGAAAGACUUUCAAAAAAGAUUUCUGUGAAGUUUGUUUUAGAGUCGACAGCAGAUCUUUGGUGAUUCUGAUGAUUAUUCAUUAUUGAAAGCAACAUUCAGAAAGUGAAAGUAAAGUUCAGAUCAUUGGAGCUUUUAUAAACAGUGAAAAUGGAUUCACUAUAUGUGGAAGAACUUUCUUGUCCCGUGUGCUCUGAAACCUACAAGAAUCCUGUUGUUCUGUCGUGUAGUCACAGUGUGUGUAAAGAGUGUCUUCAACAGUUCUGGAAAACCAAGAGAACUCAGGAGUGUCCUGUCUGCAGGAGAAGAUCUUCAACAGAAGAACCUCCUGUUAGUCUUUCACUAAAGAACUUAUGUGAGUUAUUUGUGAAGGAGAGAAAUGAGACGGAGAUCUGCAGUUUACACAGUGAGAAACUCAAACUCUUCUGUCUGCACGAUAAACAGCCGGUGUGUUUAGUGUGCAGAGAUUCACAAAAACAUACCAAUCACAAAUUUCUCCCCAUCUGUGAAGUUGUUUCAUCUUACAAGGAGGAACUCAAUACAGCACUGGAGUCUUUACAAGAGAAACUCAAACACACAGAAAACAUUAAAGGAGAGUUUGAUAAAUCAGUUAAACACAUCAAGACUCAAGCUGAGCACACAGAGCGUCAGAUUAAAGAGGAGUUUAAGAAGUUUCAUGAGUUUCUCCGAGAUGAAGAAGAAGCUACAAUCACUGAACUGAGAGAGGAAGAGGAGCAGAAGAGUCAGAUGAUGAAGAAGAAGCUUGAGGAGAUGAACACACACAUCUCAGCUCUUUCACACACAAUCAAAGACAUGGAGGAAAUGAUGAAAGCCAAUGACAAUGUCUCAUUUCUAAAGAACUUUGUGACAAUGGAAAGAGUCCAGAGCUCACAGCCGGAUCCACAGAUGACUUCUGGAGCUUUCAUUAAUGUGCCACAUUACUUGGGCAACCUGACAUUCAGAGUCUGGAAGAAGAUGCAAGACAUUGUCCACAAGAAUGAGUCCACCAAACAUCUCUGCUAUUACACUUUAUCUCCUGUGAUUCUGGAUCCAAACACUGCACAUCCAAAUCUGAUCCUGUCUGAUGAUCUGACCAGUGUGAGAUUCAGCGAGAACAGACAAACAUUACCUGAUAAUCCAGAGAGAUUUAAAUAUGAUUCGUGUGUUCUGGGUUCAGAGGGUUUUAACUCAGGAACACACUGCUGGGAUGUGAAGGUUAAACACAAUAAAAACUGGAUUCUUGGAGUAACUACAGCAUCAAACCAGAGGAAGGGAUAUGUUUUCUUUAACACUGAUGUCUGGAGUGUGGAGUAUAAUCUUGGAUAUCUCUCAUGGUGUCCCACUGUGUUUCUUGUCACACAUAAUCUUGAGCGUGUGAGAGUUCAUCUGGAUUAUGACGGAGGAAAAGUGUCAUUCUCUGAUCCUGUAACUAACACACAUCUACACACAUUCACACACACAUUUACACACACACUCUUGCCAUUUUUCAGGAGUUAUGAUGUCACAUCCCCUCUGAGGAUUUUACCAGUAAAAUGUUUGUAACAACAGAAAAUAUCUGAAUGUUUUUUUCUUUGAGAUAUUUCAUAUUAAAUAUAUAAAUCAUAACCCAACAUAGACUAAACAACUAACAUUUAAUCAAAUAAGAUUGAGUAUUACCAUCCCACACGACUUCUUAACCAGCUCUUUCAUAGUUCAUAGAAAUCUGUUCAAUUUGAUCAUACUGUAAAAACACUUCAUUUCAACAUUUACUCUCCCCAUCCAGUCUGUUUGUUUGUUUUGUUUUGAUCUGUAUUGUUAAAUAACAACAGAAGGUCACAUGAUGACUUAAAGUUCAUCAAGAGUGAAUCAUCCAGGAGAAAUAAUUAAUACACAUGUAGAGACACGAACACAAAACACCAUCAGAGUAACACAUGUGAUACUAAAAUAAUGCAAUAAACAUCCAAAUAUAACACAGAACUCCCCAAAGUACAUAACUGAUAUUAAAGAAUAAGAAGAAACAUCUCUAUUUCCAUAGAAUAUAAUGAGAUGUGAAGGGUCACGCAGGGAAUUCUGGGAACGCCCAAUUAUUGUUUUUCACCGUAAUUUUAACAAUAGUUUAGUGUAAAACUACAUGUAUUCUCUUGUUAGAUAUAAUAUACAUUUUUAACAUUAAUUAUACAGUGAAAUCAUAAUUUUACAUCUAAAAUAAAUACAAUAUUUGACUGUCAUUUUUUACUUUUUUAUACAUGUUAAGGAAACUUCCUGUUAUAAUAUCUUGUGUCGCAAAUAUAGCGUCAAAUUAAGAAAAGUUCAAAACAACUUUAUAAAUAAAAUUUGUUGUCAAUGAGAAAUAUUUGCUGAAAAUGUUCAAUUUGCUGUGAAUAAAUGUAUUUUUAGGGGAAUUUAACACCUUUAUUAAAAAAUGAGAAAUUAAUGUUUAAUUAUAUUAUAUUUUCUCUGUAAAAUUAUUAUUUGUUUUUACACUGGAAGAAAUCCUUUUUUUUUUUUUACAUAUUUUUAA